AGAAGGUUGUAGAAAUCUUCUUGGAUUCUUAUCAGAUGUUUUUUCUAUAAGAGACAAAAUUUACAAAAAAUUGUUAGAACUUGAGCAAGAUAAGAACCACAAUAUGACUGCUUACAGUUCUAACUUGCAUCUUGUAUCGUCAAUAUGUAUGAUCAUCGACACACUCUUAAUCUUUCAAACAAUCCGUUUUGUAGCUUCUCUUCUCUAUCCUUUACUUCCAACAAUUUUAGUACUAAUAUUGGUAAUAUAUCAUUAGACCGAAAUGCAACUUUAGCAAGCAAUACAAUCCAACUCACUGCAGACCUUGCAUCCAUGGGUAGAGCCACAUACUAUCAACCUAUGACCCUUUGGGAUGACAGGUCAGGAAAUCUCACAGACUUCACAACCCACUUUUCCUUUAUCAUAAACUCACAGAACCGGACAAAAUAUGGCGAUGGGAUGGCGUUCUUUUUGGCUCCUGUUGGUUCCAAGAUUCCAAGAACAGCAACAAAAGGUGGCAGCCUUGGCCUAACAACUGAUGAGCAGCCUCUGAAUUCAACAGAUAAUCCGUUUAUUGCAGUUGAAUUUGAUGUUUAUACGAAUCCAGGGUGGGAUCCUGUCGGUGAGCAUGUAGGUAUUGAUCUCAGCUCUAUGAAAUCUGUUACUAAUGUAAGUUGGUUGGGUGGAAAAUCUAGUGUUUUGGAGGGGCUGAAAAAUGAAGCUUGGAUAACUUACCAAUCCAGUUCUAAGAAUCUUAGUGUUGUCUUCACUGCUUUGAGUAAUAACAGGACUGUUAAUCAGAGUCUUUCAUACAUGGUUGAUUUAAAAGACUACUUGCCCCAAAAUGUUACUUUUGGCUUUUCUGCAUCAACAGGAAACCAAUCAGCUAUAUGUGGUAUCUAUACAUGGGGUUUUAAUACAAGCCUAGAGCUACAUGAAAGUUAUCUGACCGAUCAAGCACCGACCUCCUCUAAUGAUAACGCGAUGCUAAUUGGAUUUGUAGCAGGAGGAGUUACAGCAUUCUGUGUAGCACUCUUGGCCUUGGCUUAUUAUAUAUACAGAAGGAAUAGAGAGGACAGUGAAGAUGAAAUUGCUUUUGAUGAUACGAUGGAUGGGGAAUUUGAAAGAUGUACUGGACCAAAGAGGUUUUCAUAUAGGGCAUUGGCUCGUGCAACAAAGAACUUUGCGGUGGAGCAGAGGCUUGGGGAAGGAGGCUUUGGUGUGGUUUAUAAAGGCUUCUUGAAAGCACUGAAUUGUGAUGUAGCUGUUAAGAGGGUAUCAAGAACUUCUAAGCAAGGUUUAAAGGAGUAUGCAUCAGAAGUGAGGAUCAUUACUCGAUUGAGACAUAGAAAUUUGGUGCAACUCCUUGGAUGGUGUCAUGAAAAAAGUGAUCUUCUGCUUAUUUAUGAGUAUAUGCCAAAUGGUAGCUUGGAUUCCCAUCUUUUUAGAGGGAAAAGCUUGUUGACAUGGCCAAUAAGACACAAAAUUACUCAAGGAUUAGCCUCAGCACUGCUAUAUCUACAUGAAGAAUGGGAGCAAUGUGUUGUGCAUAGGGAUAUUAAGCCAAGCAAUGUUAUGUUAGAUUCGAAUUUCUUAACAAAACUUGGGGAUUUUGGAUUAGCAAGAUUAGUUGAUCAUGAGAAAGGUGCGCAAACAACUGCUUUGGCUGGAACCAUCGGCUACAUGGCUCCUGAAUGUAUUACUACCGGCCAAGCCAGUAAAGAAUCAGAUGUCUACAGCUUUGGAAUUGUAGCACUAAAAAUAGCUUGUGGAAGAAAAGUGAUUGAUGCAAAUUUUGAUGAAAGUCGAAUGAGACUGCUUCAAUGGGUCUGGAGUCUAUACGGAACAGGAGAACUUCUUCAAGCAGCUGAUCCAAAGCUUUGUGGAGAUUAUGAUGAGCAAGAACUGCAGAGAUUGAUGAUUGUUGGGCUCUGGUGUGCACAUCCAGAUAAAACUUUGCGACCUUCAAUUAGGCAAGCGAUUCAUGUCCUUAAUCUUGACGCUCCAUUGCCUAUUCUUCCACCUACGAUGCCUGUUGCAACUUAUUAUGCUCCAUUGAACAUGUCAAUAGCUCCUCUGGCUAUAGCAUAUGGACAAAAUGUUUGGAGACAUAGACUAGGAGAAUCUUCGGGUAAUUACAAUACUGAGUCAUCUAGUUAUGCUUCCAUCGAUUCUGCAGCUCCUUCAGUUUUAUUUCCUAGAUAAAUAAAACUUCAGCCUACUGUUUUGUAGUAGCAGUUGAUCACUAGUUUAGUAAAUAUCAUAGCUUGUUUACAGUUGCUCUUA